UUGUGUCGUGACGUUUUUAUUUGGAUUUUUUCUUUGGACUAUUAAAAAACUAAAAAUUUUCAUACAAAAUUCACGCCAAAAAAUUGCAAAAACCACAUAAAUGUUUUAUUUAGUGCAACUCGCUAUAAAUAUUUAUUAAAUUAGUAAAUAGAGUUAAUGAAAUAGCAACGAAAAUCUUACUUGAAAAAAUAGAAAGUAAACAAAGCCCUCAAGAAAAAAAAAGUACGAUUUUUUUUUCGUUGGCAAAACGGGAAAGACUGGGUGGUUGUGGACGUUAGGGUAAGAGCAAAAAAGGAAGAAAAAGCACAACUGGGGUACGUUGAGAAAAAUUGAAAGCAAAUUACAGAAAAAUGGCUGGCUCAGCUUUAAGAAGACUUAUGGCAGAAUAUAAACAAUUGACUUUGGACCCACCGGAAGGUAUUGUGGCUGGUCCCGUCAGCGAAGAUAACUUUUUCGAAUGGGAAGCUUUGAUAGCUGGACCUGAAGGUACUUGUUUCGAGGGUGGCGUAUUUCCAGCCCGCCUAAUUUUCCCGCCAGAUUAUCCCUUGAGUCCCCCUAAAAUGAAAUUCACUUGCGAUAUGUUUCAUCCUAAUAUUUUCGCUGAUGGCCGUGUAUGCAUAUCAAUAUUACAUGCUCCUGGUGAUGAUCCCAUGGGCUAUGAGUCAUCGGCCGAACGUUGGAGUCCUGUACAAAGUGUAGAAAAGAUAUUACUCAGUGUUGUUUCAAUGUUGGCAGAACCCAACGAUGAAUCUGGUGCUAAUGUUGAUGCAGCCAUAAUGUGGCGUGAAAAACGUGAAGAAUUUAAUCAAAUAGCCAAACGUUUAGUGCGUAAGACCUUGGGUUUACCAUCAUAAGAAUUUAUAUUAUUAUAGGUAAAAACGAAAACAUCAUACAAAAAAGCAACAACAAUUUAGAAAAAUCAAUGAAUAAUAAAAAAUCGCCUGACUCUUUCAAUUUCAAAAUUCAUAAAAAAAACUAAAUAUACCCUUUUUAUUGUUAGAACUUAUUAAACUUUCCUGCUGCAGCUUUAAAAAUGUUUAUUUUUUAAUUAAAAAUUUUGUUCUCACAUUUAUUUGAAACCAAAAUUAUCAGCCCUUAUUUUUAUACUUUUAUUUUAUUAAUGAACUUAUGUUUUAUUUUAACAAAAGAAGAAAAAUAAUUAAUUAUAAAUUAUUAAAUAAGUUAAAUACAUACAACAAAAAGAAAUAAAACAAAUUCAAUAAAAUUGAAAAUAAAUCGGUAAAAUCAUACAACGCAAA